CUUCAAUCUGCUGUUAGUAACUAACACACACACACAUACACACACACACACACACACACACACACACACACACACACUCACACGGAGACUCAAUUACUGGCCAAUACCCUUCUUUAUCAUCCCUUACCGUCCUCUUUCAUUACGAAUCCGAGCAGCAAAAGAGGCGAGAAGGUCACUCCAAGUGUUACUUGAACUAAAAAAUCGGACUUGGGAAUAAGUAAAGUGUCGAAACUAAAAGGUUUUGCAGCAGUAAUGUCCAGGACUUGAAGACAUCUCUAACAAUAUGGAGUCUGGAGAGCGGCUGUCUUCCCCCGCGCCCACCCUGUCUGCUGCUCGAACCUCCUCCCCCGCCACCUCCUCCUCCUCGUCCUCCUCCCCCCCGGCUCCACACCCUAAGACCAGCCUGGCCUCCAGCGGACCCCCGGCGCUGGGCUCCACCCUCAGCAACUCUGGCCGUCUGUUCGGGGUGGCAGGAGAGCAGCCCUACAUGGGCUCCACCCUGUCCAGUGCCUUCCCCCUGGUCAGCCACCCGGCCUUCGGCGCUCUCUACGGCACGGGGGCGGCACGUCCAGAGUUCGGGGGCCUGGGGUCCCUGGGGAUGUCCGCUGCCCUGGCUACCCACCCCCAGCUGGGAGCUCUCUCUGAGUGGUGGCGUGCCGCGGAGGCCCACAGCCGAGGCGCGGCCGCCUUCCUGCCUCCCUUCCUGGGCUUCCCUCCGUUCUUCUCCCCCCACCUCCAGACCACCAACCACAGUGCUGCUCCUCUCCAGAGCCGGACCCCCAGCAAGAGCAGCCGCACCCCUUCUAAAGGGCUGAAUGGAGCGGUGAAUGGAAGCGGGGUUUUUUCCCACACUCCACAGGGCUUCUCCUCCAGCCCCUCCUCCGUCAGGGCGUCUCCCAAGCCGGUCAAGCACCCAGAGCCCCCCAGCAGCACCCUCCUCAGCCCCCCGCAGGCCAAGCCCUCCGACGGGCCGGAGAAGCAGCCCCCCAAGCCUAAAGACAAGAAGGCCCGUAAGAAGCCCGCGGACGGCUCCGGGGUCCAUAACAGCGAUUCAGGCACGUCUUCGGACAGCUCGAGCGAUGGGUCCCUCAGCAGCGACCUGGAGGACCUCGCAGAAGACGACGACGACGACGAUGACGAUGACGACGACGAUGACGACGAUGACAAGCAGAGUGACGCGUCGGACUCAGAGCGGAAGAUGAAGAAAAAGACAAAGGUUGUCGUACAAAACACUGUAAGCGGGCAGGCGGACGAGCUGGGCCGCAACCUCAGCACCAAGACCCCCCACCUCACCCCGUCCUUACCCCACUCCCCCUCUCCCCCCAUCCUGUCCCAAGCCCCGCCCCCGGCGCUCCACGCCUCCCGGUCCCGCCCCCCCCGCCAGGCCGGCCCCCAGCACCACUUCAGCGUCAUCCAGUCCACGGGUCUGGCGUCGGGCGGGGCGGGCUCUGGCCCCCUGCCGCUGCUCAGCCACUCCCACAGAGACCUCUCCCCCUCCUCCCCCUCCGCCUCCCCCAUCGCCCUGACCACCUCCGCCUCCUCCCCCCGGCCCCCCAGACUACUGCCCUCCUCGCCCCAGCACCUCCCCCUCUCCCUCUGCUCCUCCCCCAAGCCCCUCUCGGGGCCCUCCCCGCCUCCCCUCUCCUCCUCCCCCAGGCCCCUCCCCCUCACCUCCCCCGGCGCCAAGAGGGCGUCGGCCAAGCCUCUGGGAGGCUCCAAGGCGAGCAAACGGAAACUACUGGAAGCCUCGCUCGCCCAGAUCAACGAGUUCCGCCUCAAACAGUCUCUCCUCACCCAGGGACCGGGGGCGUACCCGGCUGAUCUGAAGCGGCAGCAGCCCCGCCCCACCAAGUCCCCCAAGAGGUCCUCCGUCUCCUCCUCCUCCUCCCCGCUCCCCCUCCCCCCCGCCUCUCCCGCCUCCUCCCUCCCCCAGAACAACCACUCCAACCUCUUCCUCUCCAGCGCCCUGCUGGGCCUCCCCGAGCCCCCCCACCCCAACGGGGUCAUCCACACCGCCACUCAGGAAGCCCCCCUCGCCCUCAUCACCAAACCCCGCAAAGACUCGCAGGCCCCGCCCCCGCGCAGCCGGGACCCCACCCCCCAGCCCGGAGCCAUGCCCGUCAACCUGAGCACCGGGGGUCCCAGGACCCAGCCCCCGGCCGCCACCGCCCCCUCGCGGCCCCCCACUACCUCACCCCAUGCCGGGGGCCACGGCCCCCGGAAGAGCAAGGCCCCCAAGAACAAGGCUCCGGCACUGGGGGCCGCGGGGCUGGGGCUGGGGCUGGGUCUGGGGCUGGGGCUGGCCCCGGGUCAGGGGCCCGGGCAGGGGGUGCCGGGGCAGGUGGACCACCUGGCCGCCUGGAAGGGCUUCUCCCAGAACCACCUGGUCCAGUCCCUGGUGGACCUGUUCCGCGGGGGGGAGGGGGGCAUGGGGAUCCCCGGCGUGGGCAUUCCCGGGGUGGGCAUCACGGGGGUGGGCAUUCCCGGGAUGUGCGUCCCCACCGCCGGGCUCCCCGCCCACAAGGAGUCCGACGACUCCGGGGACGACGAAGACGAUGAGGACGAUGACUUGGAGGACGAGGAGGAUGAAGACGACUCGGAUGACAGCCUCUCCGAGUCGGACAGCGGCACGGACAGCGAGCUGAAGCUGCCCGGAGGUCUGUCCUCCUCCUCCUCCUCCUCCAAGAAGGAGAAGAGCUCCCUGCGCCUCCCUAAAGGCGCUCAGCUCCUGGGCUCCUCCACCAAUCACACGGCUUCCAGCUGCUCGCCGCUCGACCUGCAGGUCAUCAAGAGCCCGGGCGGGGUCACCGGCUCCAGUGCCUUGGCCUAUCACAGCUCGGCUUCCUCGUCCUCGUACACGCUGGCCGCGCCCCCAGCUGCUAUGUUUCUCCAUCCAGGGUUAGGGAAAAGAAAGAAGACUGAUGAGAAGGACUUGAUGAUACCCCUGGAACUGGGGUGGCAGAGAGAGACUCGUAUUAAGACGGUGGGAGGCCGUCCCCAGGGAGAUGUGGCCUACUACGCCCCCUGUGGCAAGAAGCUACGCCAGUACCCUGACGUCAUGAAGGGGCUACACUGGAGCUUGUUGAAGGAAGACGAGGUCAUCCCUCGGCUCCUGGCCAUGGAGGGCCGCAGGGGCCGCCCCCCCAACACCGAGCGCCAGCCGGGGGCCGAGGGCUCCAAGGGGUCCCGGCGCAGGAAGGGGAGGCCCCCAAACGUUGGCGAUCCAGGGGCCUCGGAGGGCCCCAGCCCCAGUGAGGUCAAACUGCUGCGCAAACUAGAGGCCCAGGAGAUAGCACGCCAGGCCGCUCAAAUGAAACUAAUGAGGAAACUGGAAAAGCAGGCAAUGGCUCGCGCAGCCAAAGAGGCCCGCAAGCAGCAAGCUAUCAUGGCCGCAGAGGAGCGCAGGAAACAGAAAGAGCAAAUCAAAGUCCUCAAGCAACAGGAGAAGAUUAAGCGCAUUCAGCAGAUUCGCAUGGAAAAGGAGAUGAGGGCGCAGCAGAUUCUUGAGGCGAAACGCAGGAAGAAGGAAGAAGUAGCCAACGCCAAAAUAAUGGAGGCGGAGAAACGGAUCAAGGAGAAGGAGAUGAGGAGACAACAAGCCGAGAUCCUUAAACACCAGGAGUUGGAGAGGCAUAGACUAGAUAUGGAGAGGGAGAGGAGGAGGCAGCACCUGAUGCUGCUGAAGGCUGUGGAGGCCCGCAAGAAGGCAGAGGACCGCGAGCGGCUGCGCCAGGAGAAGCGUGACGAGAAGCGUCUGAACAAGGAGCGCAAGAUGGAGCAGCGGCGCUUGGAGCUGGAGCUGCUCCGGGAGCUCAAGAAGCCCAACGAGGACAUGUGUCUCUCUGACCACAAGCCCCUCCCAGAGUUCUGCCGCAUCCCGGGCCUGAUCCUGCCGGGCCAGGCCGUGGCCCGCUGCCUGAUGCUGAUGCAGUUCCUGCGGGGCUUCGGCAAGGUGCUGGGCCUGGACGUCAGCGCCGACGUGCCCACGCUGGGCAUGCUGCAGGAGGGCCUGCUCAACGUGGGCGACAGCAUGGGCCAGGUGCAGGACCUCCUGGUGCGGCUGCUGUCGCUGGCCGUGUGCGACCCCGGCCUGCCUCCCGGGCACAAGACCAAGACCAUGCUGGGGGACCACCUGACCAACGUGGGCAUCAACAGGGACAACGUGUCCGAGGUGCUCCAGAUGUACAUGGGGGCCCACUGUGCUCACACAGAGCUAGCCCCCCUGGCCCUCAGCCUGAAGACCAAGGCCUUCCAGGCCCACACGCCCUCCCAGAAGGCCUCCAUCCUGGGCUUCCUGGCCAACGAGCUGGCCUGUAGCAAGGUGGUGAUCAGUGAGAUCGACAAGAACCUCGACCAGAUGGCCAACAUGAGGAAGGACAAGAUCAUCAUGGAGGGAAAGCUCAAGAAGUUGAGGGCCGUGCACGCCAAGCGCACGGGGAGGAGAGACGCCAUGGCGGGCCCGGAGGACAACCAGUCGCUGGGAACGCCGUCCUCGGCGCUGAAACGCAAGCGGAAGGCGGGGGGGGACAGCGAGGAGGAGGAGGAGGAGGAGGAGGACAGCGACGAGCCAGCCGAGGACGACGAGGAAGAGGAGGAAGAGGAAAUCAAGAAGGCGAAGAAGAUUGAAAUAGUUUGUGAAGAGGACGAAGGGGACCAAUCCACCAGCAUAGAGGAACUCGAGAAACAGAUCGACAAACAAGCCAAACAACACCACCAGAUCAGGAGGAAGCUGUUCGAGGCGUCCCAUUCGCUGCGCUCCACGAUGUACGGACAGGACCGCUUCCGCCGGCGCUACUGGGUCCUGCCCCACUGCGGGGGGGUCUUCAUCGAGGCCAUGGAGAGCGGAGAAGGCCCAGAGGAGCUGGAGGAGGAGAACCAGAGGAGGCAGAGGGCGGCAGAGGAGACCACCGUCAAGGAGGAGCCCCAGGAGAUGGAGGUGCAAGACGAGGCGGACCUCCUGAAGGAGCAGCCCACCGUCGCCGUCGCCUCCGCCGAGGAGCCUCAGAAGGAGGAGUCGAAGGAACACGAGGAGGACGAGGACGAAGAGGAGGAGGAGGAGGAGGAGGAGGAGGAGGAGCAGAAAGGGUCUCCGGGCCCCUUCGCCGUGCUGGACACUCCCAAGAGGGAGGAGGAGGAGGAGGAUCAGGAGGAGGAGGAGGAGAGAUGUCUGCUCCACAGACACAAUGGCAGCCCUCUGGCCAUAGUGAUGCCAUCCUCGCCCACCCGCGAUAGCCCCCCUCCGCCACCCGCGACCCCAGACGACAGCCCGCUGGGCCUGCCCCUGAUCUCUCAGGCUGGGGGCUCAGGGUUGGGGUCUGGGUUUGGGUCAGGGUUCAUGUCCGGGUCAGGGUUAGGGUUAGGGUUAGGUUUGCCCCCAGGGUUUGGAUCCGGGUUGAUGUUAGGAUCGGGGCUGGCGUCAGGGUUAGGAUCCGGGUUAGUCUCAGGUUUAGGAUCGGGAUUAGUGUUCCCCCCGGACCUCCAGGGCUUGGGGGAGACCCUCCAGGGCAUGGGGGAGAGCCUCCCGGUGUCGGGCUCGCCCGGCCCCCCGCCCAGCCUCGCCCUGCAGGCCAACGACCAGCUCCUCCGGGUGCUGACGGAGCGGAGUGGCCACUGGUUCAGCCUGCUGCCCCGCGCGCCCUGCGACCUGUCCUCCCUCGUCACGCCUCCGCCGGGGGCGUCCCGCGUCUCCCCCGUCUCCACCUCCACGCCCGCCCGCCCGCCGCGCUCCCCCCCUGCCUCCCCCGCGCUGCCCCUCACGCCCUCGGCGGCGUCCGCCUCCGCCAGCCCCCUCCACCACCCCGCCGGCGGGCUGCUCGGCUACCCGCUCUCUGCCCUGCAGAUGAAGUCAGGUGGUUCCCUGCUGGGCCUCCCAUUGGCCGGCUGGCCCAGCAGCCUGCUGAGCCCCGGCCUACCGUUGUGCAGCAGCCCCCUGCAGGGCCAGUCCCUGGAGGGCAACAUGACCGCCAGCGUGUCCAGCAAGAGCGACUCCCCCCUGCACCACGCCGACAAGACCCCCUCGGUGCCUUCCCCCGCCCUGGAGAUGCCCAAGAGCCUGGACCACCCAUGCCCACAACCCAUCCCCGACGACAUGCUGAUGGGCUGGUGGAGGGUGAGGGACGUGGAGCAGUUGCGGGGCCUGGUCACGGCACUCCACAGCCGGGGCAUCAGGGAGAAGGGGCUCCACAGACAGAUGCACAAGUACAUGGAGAUGGUCCCGCAGGUCUGCACCAAGCACAGAGACGUGGCCAUGAUCGAGCUGCGGGAGCUGGAGGAGAGCCAGGUGAGCGUGGAGUCGGUGCGGGGCUGGUGCGUGGAGGAGCAGGCCAUGGAGAUGGACAUCGCCGUGCUGCAGCAGGUGGAGGAGCUGGAGAGGAAGGUGACCUCCGCCAGCCUGCAGGUCAAGGGCUGGACGUACGCGGACCCCCAGUCUGAGCGCGAGGACCUGGUCUACUACGAGCACAAGCCCCUCCCCAAGCCGGGCCUCACGGCCGAGGGGGAGGACAACCAGCAGCAGCGGGCCGAGAGGGGUCACCCGGGGGUCACGCGUCACCCUGACAACCCGCUGGACUUAGCGGUGACGCGCCUGACCGAGCUGGAGCGCAACAUCGAGAGAAGGUACCUGCGGAGCCCGCUAGGGACCACCGUUCAGAUCAGACUGGAUAAUGUGGGUACGGUCACUGUCCCCGCUCCCGCCCCGUCCACUAGUGCUGACCGGGAAGGGGGUGAGGAGGAGGUGGCCCAUGGGAUGAAGGUGUGGAGGAAGGCCCUGCUGGAGGUGAGGAGCGCCGCCCAACUCGCUAUGUGCCUCCAGCAGCUCCAGAAGUCCAUCGCCUGGGAGAGGUCCAUCAUGAAAGUGUACUGUCAGCUGUGCAGGAAGGGGGACAACGAGGACCUUCUGCUUCUGUGUGACGGCUGUGAUAAAGGCUGCCACACCUACUGCCAUAAACCCAAGAUCACCUGCAUCCCCGAGGGAGACUGGUACUGCCCGGCCUGCAUAUCCAAGGCGAGUGGGCCGAUUCCCAAGAACAAGAAGCCCCCCUGCAGACUCCCGCCAGCAUCCAGCCUAGGGGGAGCGGGAGGAGCGGCGGGGGGAGGAGGAGGAGGAGGAGCAGCGGGAGGAGGAGCAGCUGCAGGAGGAGGAGGAGGAGGAGGCAGCGCUAAAAAGGGAGGAGCGGAAGUGAAGAAGAACGGCAAGCAGGCCGGUGCCGGGGAGGCGUCGGAGGAGGACUCAGCCAGCGCCGGCGGCACGCCCAAGAAAGGCGCCAAGGACGCCAGCAAGAAGAGGAAAGCGGAGGAGAGCUCCCCAGCACCACCGCCGCCACCGCCAGCCAAUCAGGAGAGCCCGGUGUGCGUGAAGCGAGCCAAGACGGCCCGGGACAACAACCGGGACCUGGGACUGUGCAGAGUGCUUCUGGCCGAGCUAGAGCGGCACCAGGACGCCUGGCCUUUCCUCACACCUGUCAACCUCAAGUCGGUGCCAGGCUACAGGAAGGUCAUCAAGAAGCCCAUGGACUUCUCCACUAUCAGGGAGAAGCUUGUCAGCAGCCAAUAUCAAAACUUGGAGACGUUCAUCAUCGACGUCAACCUGGUGUUUGAUAACUGUGAAAAGUACAACGAAGACAACUCAGACAUCGGACGCGCCGGCCACAACAUGAGGAAGUUCUUUGAGAAGCGCUGGACUGAGCUUCUGAAACAAACCAACUAGGACUCAGGCUUCCCAGCGUUUCCCCUCCCCCUUCCCUCGGUUCCUUGGCGAGCAAACACAUAUUUUCCUCUCCAGCGAAGGCCGCGAAUGGAGUGAGUAACGUAGAACUCAAACCCUCUGGGCUGCGGAGAGGAGGGAGAGUAGGGAGAGAGAGAGGGAGGGAGAGGAGGCCAUCGUGACAGGAGGUUGCUGUAGGAGGGUGGGAGGCUGGGGUUGAGCUACAACAGGGAACAAACCCCCCCGAGAGUCCCAGGGAACCCGGCAUGUCAUUGUGCAAUACCACUUCCUGUCUCCGGAAUGCUGCACUGAAGCAACCCUCCAGUACACUGACCCUGUCCCCCCCCCCCCCCCCCCCCCCCCCCCCCCCCCCCCCCCCCCCCCCCCCCCCCCCCCCCCCCGCGAUAGACCGAAAAUACGUUCCACUACUUGUAAAUAGCCGUUUGUUUUUUUAUUUAAUCGUAUUAUAGUGAAUGUAUUUAAUUUUGUAAUACUUAUUUAUGAAUCAAGGUCCACUUCAUUUUCUAUGAAAAGGAAGAAUCAGCUAAACGGCUUUGAGUUGAUGGCAAGAAGAGGAAAUGGAAUGUGUGUUUGUGUCUUUAAUUUUCACCCAAAUACGAAACUAAGCCAAGAAAAAGAAAAAAAAGAAAUAAAAACCAACCUGUUUACACUGUCGCGUGCGCCGAAGCACCGGGAAAAAAAAACUACAACUGUAUUUGUUUUGUUCAAACUGUAAAACUGCAUUUAUUCACAGGCAAAUGGUCAUUCAUGUGUAUAUACUGUUUAUUAUUGUCAAUAUUACGUCUUGUUUGGAACAAUGUGUAAAAAAUUGUUUAAGAAUAUUAAGAUAUUGUUUAUGCCUUAGAAUGAUUGUAGCAUUCUAUUUUAGUGAACGUGUUGGAAACCCUUAUGAUGGAUAUUGUUUGUACAGUAAACACAUACCCUCUGCAGACACUGUGCUCUUCUUAAUAUUGGUAGUGCCUACCCUCUCAACAGGGGCAUGUAGGGGAUAAUAUCGUUAUUUUUAUUAUCAUUUUAAUAUUUUAUUUCUAUGACUUCUAUUUUUAUUUCUGUUUUUAUUUUUUUAUGUAUGAUUUCCGAUCCAACAUGGCCGCCUCCAAAGUCAGACGGCGACACAGUCUUCAUUCCUUCCUCCCCGCACCAUUGCAUUAAAAAUAGAGAGAAUAUUCCGGAAAAAACCUGGCGAGCUUCUUGCGUAUAGGCUCCGCCCGCCGCCUACCCGCCCCCCCCCUCCCCACCACUCUAAAGGGGACCCCUGGGGCCCUUCGUAACCACUGUGUUGAAUCUUGCUGUGUGUUGUGGCCUGAUGGAGGCAGCUAGAGUUUUUUUAUGUACCCGAGUCGAGAGUACUUGAAGUAACUUUAUUUAAAGAUAUUGUGGAAUAAAAGUAUCAUUCUUUUGUAGGAGCUUUAUUUUUCACUAGUGUGUGGCACGGACCUAUUAAAGGAUGUUUUUCAACCUAAA